GGACGCGCCGGUGCCCGGAUCCGGGCACAUUUCGGGCGGGCCGAUCGCCGUGCCCCGCAACCUCCCGGAUUGCUCGGUGCGUUCAAGGGUUUGGUCAUCGGCGGGGUCGGGGUGCUCGCGGCCUGUUCGUCGAGCUCGCGGGUGGCGGGCAUCGCGCUGGGCGUGGGCGUCGCGUCGACGGCCGGGGCGGCGGGGAACGUCGACCUCGUCCGCUUCCCCUCCCUCUCUCCGGACGGCUCGCAGGUCGUCUUCUCGUGGCGGGGCGACCUCUGGAAGGUCGCGAGCGCCGGCGGCGAGGCGGUCCGGCUGACGGCGAACCCGGCGAGCGAGACGCGCAGCGCGUGGUCGCCGGACGGCACGGAGAUCGCGUUCGAAUCGACGCGCUCGGGGUACCAGAACAUCCACGUCAUGGACGCGGACGGCUCGAACGUCCGCCAGGUGACGGACACCGACUCGACGCUCAAGCUCUCCGGCUUCUCCGCGGACGGCGAGAGCCUGUACUUCGACGGCUCGCUCGACGGCGACGUCUACCGCGCCGCGCGGUCGUACCGCGUCCCCGUGGACGGUGGCGACAUCACGCGGCUCUUCGACGCCUUCGGCGCCUGGCCGGACGAAUCGCCCGACGGCUCGAAGAUCGCGCUGACGCGCGGCGGGUUCUACACGACGCGCGGCGGCUACUCCUUCGACCGGCGCGGCUACCGCGGGCCGGACGCGCACGAGCUCUGGAUGCUCGAGCCCGCCACCGGCGCUUACACACAGCUCACCACCGACGACGGGAACGACGGCAUCGGCAAGUGGGUCGACAACGACCGGCUCGUGUUCCUCUCCGAACGCGAGUUCACGACGGACAACCUCUACCUGAUGGACACGCGUCGGGGCGAGGACGGCGUGCGACGGCUCACCGCCUUCGAGGGCGAGGACGUCGAGCAGUUCGACGUCUCGCGAGACGGCUCCACGUGCGCCUUCGUCGUCUGGGACCGCCUGUACACGCUCGAUUUGUCCCGGAGCAACGCUCGGCCCGUCGAGUUGACCGUCAACGCCCCGCAGGACGAGUCCACGCAGUUCGAGCUGCGCGACAUCUCGAGCGACGCCAGCGAGGCGCUGCUCUCGCCCGACGGCAAGGCGGUCGCCGUGGUCGCGUACGGCGAGAUCUUCGUCCGCGGGACCGAAGAGGACGCCCCGACGCGCCGCGUCACCGAGGGCGAGGCCCACGACCGCAUGAUCGCCUGGUCCCCCGACGGCAAGACGCUCUACUUCGUUUCAGACCGCUCGGGCACCGAAUCGAUCUACGCCGCGACGGUGACGCUUACGCGCUCCGAGAUCAAGGAGCAAUUCAAGAAAGCCACUUCGCCCCCCGAGGAAGAACCCGAGGCCGAGGACGCCGAGGAAGAGGCCGACGACGAGGCGGCCGAGGGCGAUGACGAAGCCGAGGACGACAACGGCGAGGACGAGGGGGACGAGGAGGAAUCCGACGAAGACGCGGAGAAGAAGAAAGAGAAGAAGGACAAGCCCGAGCACGGCAAGCGUUGGGCGGAGGGCGUGGAGUUCGAUAUCGCGCCGGUCGUCGACACGACAUUCAACGACCGCGAGCCGAUGCCGAGCCCGGACGGCAAGCACCUCGCCUUCUACCGCACGCGCGGCGACAUCAUGAUCAAGGACCUGGAGACCGGCGACGUCUCGACGUUUACCGAGAGCUGGGACUUCUUCGGCGAGAUGGUGUGGUCGCCCGAUUCGUCGAUGAUCGCGUGGGUCCAGCAGGACCGCGACUUCAACUCGGACAUCUGGAUCGCGCCGAUGGGCGACGCCUCCGCGGCCGUCAACGUCACGCGCCACCCGGACCGGGAGUCGAGCCCCCGGUUCACGGCCGACGGGAAGGUCCUGUACUUCCUCUCCUCGCGCGAGGACGACGAGAACGACGUCUUCCGGAUCUACCUCGACCCGGCGCUCGAGGCGCUCCGCGGGAACGACCGCACGAAGUACUACGAGGACGCCGCGAAGGCCGCGAAGAAACGGAAGCCCCUCGAUCCGGACGCGGAGAAGGAGGACGACGACGCGGAAGAGCCCGAGCCGGCCUUCUCGCUCGAGGACCUCGAGGACGCGUACCUCCGGAUGGACCGCAUCACGAACAACCUCGGCUCCGAGGGCAACCUCGAGGUCACGCCGGGCGGCGACCGGAUCAUCUACUCCAGCUCCGAGGGCCAGAACGGCCUGUACUCGCGCAAGUGGGACGGCUCGGGCGAGGAGCGACUGAGCGGCCCGGCGAGCGUGCAGCACGUCUCGCUCGACGGCUCGAAGGUGAUCACCGUCCGGGGCGGCUCGGCGCGCACCGUGCCGCCGGGCGGCGGCAAGGAGGAGACGCUCGGCGUCCGCGACGAGAUCCGCAUCGAUCUCGAGAAGCAGUCGAGCCAGAAGUUCAUGGAGGCGUCGCGCAUCCUGGGCGAUACUUUCUACCACCCGGACAUGAAGGGCCUGGAUUGGGACGAGCUGACGCGGAAGUACCACGACCGCGCGAGCCGCGCCCGCACGGCGGACGAGUUCGCGCACGUCGCGACGCGCUUCAUCGGCGAGCUGAACGCCUCGCACCUCGGGAUCUACCCCCCCGGCGAGCGGAUCGACGUCCGCCAGUCCGUCGGCGAGCUGGGUGUCGACGUCGAGCGCGACGGCGACGCGUACGUCGUCACGCACGUCGUCAACCGCGGCCCCGCGGCCAACGGCGACAUGGCGCUGAAGGUCGGCGACCGGAUCACGGGCAUCGAACUCGAGGGCUUCGAGGGCGGCGAGACGCUCAGCGGCCGCCUCAAGGGCCGCUCGGGCGAGGAGACGAUCGUCACCAUCGAGCGCGACCUGGACGGGGCGAUGACCGAGCUGAACGUGCUCAUCACCCCGACCUCCGGCGGCGCGGUCAACACGCUCAAGUACCACGAGUGGCGCGAGCGCAACGCGGCGCUCGUCGACGAGUGGUCCGGCGGGCGCGUGGGCUACCUGCACAUCCGCGGGAUGAGCCAGCCGUCGCUCAACGAGUUCGAGCGCGAUCUGUACGCCGCGGGCUCGGGCAAGGACGGCCUGCUCGUGGACGUCCGCAACAACGGCGGCGGCUGGACGGCGGACCGCGUGAUGACGGCGCUGACCGCGCAGCCGCACGCGUACACGGUCCCUCGCGGCGCGGACCCGAGCUACACCGAGGGCUACCCGCGCGACCGGCUCUACAUCCAGCGCUGGCACAAGCCGGUGAACAUGCUCUGCAACGAGAAGAGCUUCUCCAACGCGGAGAUCGUCUCCCACGCGUUCAAGACCGUCGGGCGCGGGACGCUCGUCGGCCAGCAGACCUGGGGCGGCGUCAUCUCCACCGGCGGCACGGCGCUCAUCGACGGCACCUUCGUCCGCAUGCCCUUCCGCGGGUGGUACCUGCUCGACGGGACGGACAUGGAGAACAACGGCGCCAUCCCGGACAUCGUCGUCGAGCAGACGCCCGAGGACGAGGCCCGGAACCACGACGCGCAGCUCAAGGCGGCCGUCGACGACAUCAUGAAGCGGUUGCACUCGGUGAAAGGCAAGUAUGCGUACGUCCACUUUGUUGAUCUCGUCCGUCCCUCCAGCGCGAUGCUGCGUCACCCGGACGUGAGCGAGUCGCACAUCGUCUUCGCGUACGCGAACGACCUGUGGCUCGUGCCCCGUGAGGGCGGCGUGGCGGUGCCCGUCGCCUCCCCCGACGGCCCCGAGGACCUCCCCCGCUUCUCGCCGGACGGCUCGCGCAUCGCGUUCGUCGGCAACUACGAGGGCGACCGCGACAUCUACACCGUCCCCGCCGCGGGCGGGCCGGCGGUGCGCGUCACGCACCACCCCGGGACCGAGACGCUCAACGACUGGACGGCGACGAACAAGCUCCUGUUCUACACGCCCGACCUCGCCGGGUACCGCCGCCUCGACCAGCUCUUCACCAUCGACCCGGACGGCGGGAUGUACGAGCAGCUCCCGGUGCCCUACGGCGCCAAAGGCGGGCUCUCCGAGGACGGCACCUGGCUCGCCUACACCCUCUUCACGCGCGACAACCGCACGUGGAAACGCUACCGCGGCGGCUGGGCGACGGACAUCUGGCUCUUCAACCUCGACACCUACGAGUCCCGCAAGAUCACCGACUGGGAGGGCACGGACACGCAGCCGUACUUCCACGGCCAGAAGGUCUACUACCUCUCGGACAUGGGCGAGGAGCACCGCUGGAACGUGUGGUCGUACGACGUCCGCACGCAGGCGCGCGAGCAGCUCACCACGUUCGAGGACUUCGACGUGAAGUCCCACGCGAUCGGCCCGGGCCCGAACGGGCGGGGCGAGAUCGUCCUGCAGAGCGGCAGCGGGCUGUACCUGCUCAACCUCGCGAACAACCGGCUGACCGAGGUGGACAUCCAGGUCCCGGGCGACCGGCGCACGCUCCGCGCCGAGCGCGUCGAUUUCUCGGAGAACAUCACCACGCGCUCGAUCUCCCCCUCCGGCAAGCGCGUGCUCGUGACGGCGCGGGGCGACCUGUGGUCGCUCCCGGCGACGGAGGGCGUGACGCGCCACGUCAUCGACAACGACGGCGUCGCGAUCCGCGACGGCCAGUGGUCGCCCGACGGCAAGCACUUCGCCUACCUCUCCGAUGAGAGCGGCGAGUACGAGAUCUACGUCAUGCCCGCCGACCGCUCGGGCGAGGCCCGCAAGCUCACGAGCGAGGGCGAGAAGUUCCGCUUCCUGAGCGGCUGGUCGCCAAACUCGAAGAUGAUCCUCUUCACCGACAACACCGGCCGCCUCGCGUACGUGGACGUCGAGUCGGGCGAGGUGACGGACAUCGCCAAGGAGAACUGGGGCAACCCGGUCCCGUCCGCGUGGUCCCGCGAUUCCGGCUGGGUCGUCCUGCGACUCACCGAGGAGAACAGCCACUCCACCGUGUGGCUCUACGAGGUCGCGACGGGCGAGCUGACGCGCGUCACCGACCCGAUGUUCAACGUCUCCAGCGCCGUGUUCGACCAGGAGGGCGACUGGCUCUACAUGGUCACCAACCGCCAUUUCUCCCCCACUUUCAAUCAGCUCCCGAACGACAUCACCUUCACGUACACGGACACCGAGGUGAUCUGCGCCGUCCCGCUCCGCGCGGACGUCAAGAGCCCCAUGCUCCCCGAGGGCGACGAGGAGCCCGCGCUGAGCAAGAAGGACGAGGACAAGGACAAGAAGAAGGGCGACAAGCAAAAGGACGGCGACGAGGGCGAGGGCGAAGAAGACGCCGACGAUGAGGACGGCGAGAAGGAAGCCGAGCAGGUCGAGGCGAUGAAGAUCGACCUCGAGGGCUUCGAGGCCCGCGCCAUGAUGCUGCCCAUCGGCAACGGCAACUACGGCGCGCUGACCGUCAACGACAAGGGCGCGCUGAUCUUCUCGCAAGACGGCGACAUCAAGAUCUACGACAUGAGCGCCGACGACCCCGAGGUCGAGAACGUCAUCGAGAACGCCCGCGCCGUGGACGUCACCUCCGACGGCAAGAAAUUGCUCGUCAUGCAGCGCGGCAACAUGGCCGUGAUCGACGCCAAGAAGGGCCAGAAGAUCGAGGACACCGUCCCGACCGGCGGCAUGAAGGCGGCCGUCAACCCCCGCGACGAGUGGACGCAGAUCUACAACGACGCCUGGCGCCUCUUCCGCGACUACUUCUACGACGCGGGCAUGCACGGCGUCGACUGGGACGCCGUCCGCGAGCAGUACCUCCCGCUGCUGGACGACUGCGUCGUCCGCGACGACCUGACGUUCGUCAUCCAGGAGAUGAUCUCGGAGAUCAACGUCGGCCACGCCUACUACCGACCCGGCUCGCAGGAAGACGAGCCGCGGGAGAACGUCGGCCUGCUCGGCGUCGACUUCGAGCUCACCGACGACGACGGCGCGCUCGCGUACCGCAUCAAGGAAAUCGUCGGCGGCGCGCAGUGGGACGUCGACGCCCGCUCCCCGCUCUCCGAGCCGGGCGUGGAUGUGAAAGCGGGCGACUACCUGCUGGCCGUGAACGGCACGCCGAUCGAGACGGGCAAGGACCCGUGGGCCGCGUUCGUCGGCUUGGGCAACGAGCACGUGAUGCUCACCGUGAGCGACAAGCCCGAGAUCGACGGCGACGCCCGCGAGGUGCUCGUCCGGACCGUCACGAGCGAGGGCGGCAUGCGAUACCGCCGCUGGGUCGAGGGCAUGCGGAAGUACGUCGAGGACAACUCCGACGGCCAGAUCGGCUACGUGUACGUCCCGGACGUGACGACCAACGGCCUGAACGACACCUUCCGCCAGUUCUUCGGCCAGACCCACCUGCCGGCGAUGAUCAUCGACGACCGGUGGAACGGCGGCGGGUUCGUCUUCGUGCCCGAGCGCCUCGUCGAGAUGUUCGGACGCGCCAACACCAACUACUGGGCCCGGCGCGACGGACGCAACUGGAACAACCCGGGCGGGAUGCACAUCGGCCCCAAGGCGCUGAUGAUCAACGGCCUCUCGGCUUCCGGCGGCGACAUGUUCCCCUACCUCUGGCGUCAGGCGGGCCUCGGCCCGCUCAUCGGGACGCGCACCUGGGGCGGCCUCGUCGGCCUCAACUUCAACCCCGCGUUCAUCGACGGCACCGCGGCCCGCAUCCCGACGUUCGCCUUCUACGAGAGCGACGGCACGUGGGGCAUCGAGGGCCACGGCGUCGACCCGGACAUCGAGGUCGUCGACGACCCGGCGAAGAUGGUCAACGGCGGCGACCCGCAGCUGGAUGCCGCGAUCCGCCACCUGCUCGCCGAGCUGAAGCGCAACCCGCCGGUGAAGAUGAUCCCCUCGCCGCCCGGUCCCGAUCGUUCGGGGAUGGGGAUCGCGGAGGAAGAUAAGUAA